AUGGAAGACACUACGUCGAUCCUGCCCCGGCUGAAGAGGAACUCCAACGCCUACGGGAUCGGGGCACUGGCUAAGUCUUCUCUCACAGGUGUGUCAGGAGUCAGCCGCUCCAUGAAGGAAAGGGUGACGAAGCCCACAGCCAUGGCCCAGGGCCGCGUGGCCCACAUGAUCGAAUGGCAGAACUGGGGCAUGCAGACGGUGGGCGCGGGGGGCGUCCCCCAGUCCCGCAUCACCACCCAGGAGCGGGAGAACGAGCGGCGGCUAGAGAACGAUGCAUACAGCGACCUCAGUGAUGGGGAGAAGGAGGCCCGCUUUGCCGCAGGUAUCCUGCAGCAGUUUGCUAUCUCGGAGGCAACACUCCUGGCCUGGACAUCCAUGGAUGGAGAGAGCCUGCAGUCGGGGUCCAACCAAGGCAGCGUGGCCCACCUCAGCGAGGUCAACCAGGAGAGCAUCACCAGCCGAGAUCAGAUAUUGCACCAGUCCUCGGCGGAGGUCUGGCCUCAUACAUACGUCUCCCAGGGCCUCUACUGCCUCUCCUCCUCCGAUGCCUGGGAGCCAAUCAACACGGAGCCCUCCGGCGUGGCAUCACCCCCAGCCGGCUCCUACAUGAUGGCAGGCGGGACCGAGGGCUAUGACGGACAGGCGGCAGCUCACUAUCUGUCCCAGCAGCAGCAGCAGCAGCAGCAGCAGUUCAGCCUCCAGCAGCAAAGUCAACUGCAGCAGCUGCAGCAGAUCCAACAGAUCCAACACUACCAGCAACAGCAGCUCCUGCAGUAUCAGCAGCAACAGGCGCUGGAGCACAGGCUGCACAGCGCCAACCACUCUUUGCAAGCCACGCCCAACAGCACCAUCCACAGUUUGGCCCCACCCACUCACCCGCCAUUGGUUGAUCUGUGGAACACGGGGCAGACGGAGGCCUAUCAGGUGGAGGCUGGGUGCUACAUGGGUGUGGCGGCAGUGGUGGAGCCAAGCCUGGGUAUCCCUCCUGGGGAGGAGUUAGUUGGAACAGAACAUUCCCCGCUGUUGGAGCAGCAGGAGGAGGAGGAGGACAUCAAGGAAGAGGAAGUGACUCUCUGCAUAGAGUCGGAGUCGGCCACAUUGACUCCGCCGAUGCAACAAGGGGACCUCUCCGGCGGAAGUAGUCCGGGGCAGCCCCCGGCAGAACCGAUCACAGAGCGCAAGGCCUCCGAUGUCACUGCUGGACUUGUUCAGACACUCGAGGAGAAAGGAGAGGAGGAGGAAGAUGGAUCAGCAGCUUGCAUGGCAACCAACUGA